AUGUCGCAAAAGCUGCAUCCCAUCCAUCCGUCGCAGGAAAACCGAUUGAACGCCGAGUACAAGGCCUUUUACAAUGAAAACGCCAUCUCGACGCCCAAGAUCCAUACGAUCCCCAUUGGUGUGAUCCGCUCCAUGGGUCAUCGCCCAUUUCCUGGCUGCGGCCCUGGUGUUCCGGUGGGCAAGAAGGAGGAUAUUACAAUCACACCAGAAUCUGGCCCAGCCAAGGGAGUGGCGAUACCGGCCCGCUGCUUUACGCCGCCUGGCUCAGCACCGAACGGGGGAUGGCCAGUCCUCGUCUUUUACCACGGCGGCGGCUGGACACUCGGCAGUCUCGAGUCCGAGUCGGAUCUCAUUACCAACAUUUGCGCACGUGCCAAGUGCGUGGUUGUCUCUGUAGAUUACAGACUGGCUCCGGAGCAUGUAUUUCCUGCCGCAGUGGACGAUGCCUGGGCCGCUCUACUCUGGGUCGUCACGGAAGGCAAAGCCCGGCUCAACAUCAAUGUGGACAACCUCGCCGUCGGGGGAAGCUCGGCGGGCGCCAACCUCGCCGCCGUCAUGGCCCAGCGCGCCGCGAGCAGGGGCGGACCGUCCAUCAAGACGCAGCUGCUCAACAUUCCCGUCACCGACAACACCCAGACGGUGGAAAACAGCGCAUGCUGGCGUGAUCUCCAGUAUUCGCCCGCGCUCUCUGCAGACUUGAUGAUGUGGUUCCGCAACAACUACCUGCCCGACAAGCCCGACUGGUCCCAUCCUGAGGCGAGCCCGCUGCGCUGGACGGGCGACUGGUCUACGCUGCCGCCUGCCGUCAUCGUCGUGGCCGGUCUGGACGUCUUGCGCGACGAGGGCGAGGCCUUUGGCCAGAAGCUGAAGCAGGCCGGUGUGAAUGUGCAGGUCACGACGUUCCAGGACCAGCCUCACAUCUUCCCAGCCAUGGGCGGCGUGCUGGAGGACGCUCGUCGGGCAAUCACCAUCAUGUGCGAGAGUAUGCAUGAUUCGUUUUAUAAGAAGAAUUCUAUUUUUGCUCGAUCCAAGAUUUAG